AUGCCCAGCCAUCCAUAUGCUACCGGUGCCAUCUAUACACAGUAUUCUAAUUCAGUUUCUGAGCUUGGCGUACAACAUGCCCUUAAAGUGUCUGAUUACGCUGGGCCACAUCCAUCAGCCUACGACCCUCAACUCCCUUCGAAUACUGCUACAAGCGACGUCAGCAUGCGUCACAGGCUCCCUCCGCGGGCAAUGCAGCCGGGUGCAAUCUCACAUCCUUACGCUGCUGGAUCAAGUGAGCCGGUAACCUCACAGCAGCGCGGUGGCUCUGUGCUUUCUACGCUUCUGCACCCGCCAAGUGUUGUGCAGAAAGACGAUGAUAUCGCAUCUGGUAACCACAUAUCCAUCAGCAGUCCUGAAUUCGAGAAGUAUGGCGUCGGUGAGGUUCUUGUGUUCGCUGCGCCAUCGCGAGACGAGCAGGAAACCGACUUCGAGGAUCAAUCUUUGGGAACCAUCGUCUCGUGUCAGCAGGAUACUCUGAGUCGAAUCAUAGACAAAGGGAAGGCCAAGGACUUGUCACCUGCAUCCAUGACCUCCGAUAAUAGUGAAUCCCGGAUACCCGCUUCUGACUCUGUGGUUGUUUCCACUCGUCCUCCGAGUCUGAUAUCCGUGACAGCAGUUGAAGGCAGGGACUCGACCUACUCUCCUGGCACCCUCCGUACCUCGACCAACAUCACCUCCGCACAUCUUGUUAUUUCAGCUUUGGACAAUGAUGAUCUGGACGAAUUUCAAGAUCUGUUCUACAAGCCUCCCCAGAGCAGGCUCUCCAGUGAAAAAUCUAGCAUAAAACAUCAGGACGCAAGCGAAACCAGCAGGGGUAUACCGUCGGAUAUUCACAGCUCUUAUUCUGGAAGCGCGCUCACCAACCUCAUGCGCAGUAUGAGCGAGAUUGGAGAGCUGCAUGUGUCGGCCUCAGACAUCUCCUAUGGGCAGAGAUCAGGCGGGCCAGGGGACGAACUAUCUCAAACAUAUGUCUUCAUGGACAUGUCCAGGACUCCUUCACCGGUGCAGGUCGGUCCUUGUGGUGUUACCCAGUCGCCAGCCCAGCUUUACGAUGCACCCUUUGAAGCGGGUGUCCCAGAAGAUAUUGAAUCCUCUCGAGCAUCUUCUCUUCUGAUAGUCUCACAAGAGAAUGACACUUUUGGUUACCCCAUCCGGCAAGACGUCGUUGACGCUGCAGGAACAUCUACCAUUCACCAGGGCUCUCAUAGAACUUCUACAUACGCUUCGAUCCAUGAUGCCGCCGAAGAAGCUGACCUGGUCAGCCCCAUCUCAUCAUUCCAAUCGCCGCCUGUCUCUGCAGAUGCCAUGCGGUCGAGCUACAUGACCAGCGGGUCUGAGUACUCACGCAUGUCCAACCUCUCCGAUUUCCCCGAUCCUCCCGCUCGAACAAAUGUAUCACCUAACCAACCCUCCCUUCUUCAGAUUUAUGUCGACCCUCCUACGCCACUCCAGUCAGAGAGCUUUCAGGGAACCGACUCUCCUCAAUCUGGGGCCCGCGUCUUCAGCUUAGAGAGCCACCACACAACUUUUGGUGGUAAUGACGACAUGGACAUCAUUACACAGGUUCACAGGUCUGAGCUCUGA